AUGUUAUUUCGCAUUUCAAAUGUUCGCCAUUUUACAGAAGUAAUGUCUAAUCAAAUUGGGGAUUCUUCUCCAUAUAUCGGAGUGGAACAAACGCAAAAUUUCACUUGGGUUUACGCGGAUGGAUCCACCCUGAAAUACCAGAAUUGGGCGCCCGGAGAACCGGUGAUGUUGACUGGAUGGUCGUGUGCAAUCAUUGAUGGACAAACCGGGAAGUGGAAGGGCGCCGAUUGUAAUUCGAGCCGUACAUCCGUUUGCUCGAUCGAUUACGUUCACACUUGUCCCACUGGAUGGACGUACUUCGCGAAGACUGGUCUCUGUUAU